AUGUCCGCCAACGAACACGAGUCUGGGGACAAAGGCUCGCUUAGCAUACCCACGACCCCAGGACAACGAUCAGUACCAUCAUCAACGGUGCCUCCUCUCAGCUCAAGUAGCACAUCCAGAGAAUCGAUGUCUCUCUCAAAUGAUCCCUCUUCACAAUAUCCAGAAGUCGCCGAGACCAUGUGGCGAUUUCUGGCUCAAACAUCGCAGAACCCGCCGCCAAUCACCAGCCCAGGCGGGAUCUUUGGUGGGGGAAGACCAGAUGACGUCCAUAAAGGACUGGCGCCUGGAUGUUUCGACGACCGCGAAGAUCCACUGGUCGUGAGGCUUGGUGCCCCCUCAGACCAGAUGCUUGGAAUGAUGGCCCCAGCCGAGAUACCCAGCUGGGAGAACGACAUUGCCCUAAGCUAUCUCUCAUCUCCACCGGAAACAGAAGUUAUCCAACGUCCAGAAUACUCUAAUAAUGAGUCUAUGGGCAUCCACAGUGUCUUCUACAGCGGAAAGAACGGCUCAAGAACGCCACGGGGACAAUUGGGCUCCAUAGCAAGCACCACAUCUCUUUGUGAGAGACUGAGCUGUUUGAGGCAUUGCGCAAAACUUCUAGGCUUUGGCAGCUUGGAUGCUGUGCUCUCUCUUUACUACACAGCCGAUCUGAGCGAGUCGCCCGCUCUCUCGGAGGAGCAGCGCACCAGUCGCGAGCGGCGGCUUCCCACUCUUCUCUCUGAGAUCAGGGAACAUUCCAACACUUGGAACAGAUGGGAACAAUCUGGCUUCAUCGAAGAAAUGCUACGAGGUGCUCAAUACUUUUACGCCGAGGAAGUCAAACAAGGGAAGGCUGACUUGGAAGAACAACUUAUGGGCACACUUGAUGACCCGUUGAUGAUAGAAUCCGUGCCUGAGAUUGCAUGGAUCCUGAGAGACAAGUAUCCCCGCCUAUGGGCCUUGAUCACGAGCCUCAUUGCGCACACGGCAUCAGGAGAAGAGCAGGCACAUCCUCACGGCGCAUUCGCAUGUGUGAUGACGGUGUGCCAUCCUAUGAAGCCUCUACCGCCUGCUGCUUUUGCAGGGAAUGUUCGGAAUAGUAUUCCAUGACUUAAAUCCCUCGCGCAGCUGUCAGUAGACGCGCCGUAGUAUACAUGUAUUGAAGAUUGAAACCCGCAGCAGUCUCACAUUACAAGCUUAGAUAAGAUGAUGAAGAGAUUGGUAGCAAGCUCAGGCCUCACAUGCUUAUGUUCACAAGCUAUGUGUCUAGAUGAGGUACUCGAGGAAGGGCCAUUUCCAUUGUCUCCAUCACGUACGUAGAUGGUAGCCGGUCACCCUUCGAGGUUCC